CUCUCUCUCUCUCUCUCUAUAUAUAUAUAUAUACCUAUUAUAAAUAAAGCUACUGAGAGAGAAAAAAAAAAGAAAAGAAAGAACCAAGUUAUAUAAACAAGGUGGGGAAUUGUUGAUUCUUUGUAUUGAGGAAGAGAUCGAUCGAUCGAUCGAUCGAGAGAUCUAGAGAGAGAGAGAGAGAGAGAGAUGGGGAAUUGUAUCGACCACCAAAGCGACGUGUCGUGGGCCGACGAAGGGUUCUGGGACUUUUCGGAGGGCGAUAGCCCUAGGUUACGUUUUAGCGAGAAGCUGAACGAAGCACGAACAAGAGAGGAGCAGGAAAACACAAAACGAGAGGAGAACGGACGGGAGGGUCGAUGUUCGACGACCACCGAGGUGAAGAUCAAGAUCACGAAGAAGCAGCUGCAGGAGUUGCUGACUCAAAUCGACGAGAAGGGGCUCCCGAUUCAGAAAGUGCUCGCGGAGCUCAUCAGCAUGAGCGAGUCGUAUCGGCUUCGAGACGAUCAGCAUUGGAGGCCCGUGCUGCAAAGUAUACCGGAGGUCGCAGAGUAAAUAAACGUAGCAAUAAAAAAAAAAAAAGAAAAUUUAUGAAAUAGAACAUAUAUAUGAUUUUUGUACUUUGUUUAAGAUUUUUUUUUAUGUAAUUAUGUGUAUUUAUGGAGUCCUUGUAGCCCCAUUUCUCCUUUUGGUAACUAGAGGCGUAGUUUGUAGAUGUUUAGGUUUAGGCAUGUGUAUAUACAAUUAUGGAGAGAUAAGGCUAGAGGGAUGUAUAUGCCCUUAAUUUGCUUAUUAUUAUUAUUGUUGUUGUAUAUAUAUCUUUUAGAUCUUAUAUAUU